GCGUGCUAUGACCCAUCCAGUGCUCAGUACUAUAAGGAAGGUGCUGAAUGGACUCAUGUAAAAGAUCCUUGCAAAAUGUGUACUUGUCAGGUAAGAUUCUGAAAACUAUUUGUAUGCCUUCUGUUUGUGUCUCAGAAGUAAAUAUUUAUUAAUGUUCUUUUUGCUAGCUUAUAAAAUUUUUCUUAAUACAGUACAGCAACCAGCUGAUAAUCCCUCAAAGAAUCAAACAAAUUUUUUCAAAAUUACUUUUUAAAAGUAGAAUAUGAAAUUGGUAAUAUACUUGAUCAAUUUAAGGUGUUUUAUUGUCAUCCCUAUUAUUAUGUUAUAAUUCAAUGGACAUUACAUUUUGUAAAUUUAAAAAAAAAAAUGAAAAAUUUAACACUUAUUUUUUUUGGGCAGAAUCAUAGAUUGACAUGCAACACAAAGCAGUGCAAACCUGUGGUUUGUUCAAGUUCUGAACUGGCUUUAUUACUGGAGGGCCAGUGCUGUGAGACAUGUCAGCCAUUUCCAAGCUCUUCUUGCUUCUAUGAAAGAAAGAUUUACCAGGUAUUUGAGUUGAAAAACGGAAGGAGAGUCAAUGUGAAUUAUUAAACAUUUUAUUUGAAUCUUAUUAUUUGUAAAAAUUAUUAUACAGCCAUCAGUUACAUAAAAAUUAUGUUAUAAGAGUAGUCAGUGUAGGAGAUUUUGUACUGGUAUAAGGGUGUUAAACAUGAGGUGAGUUUGCAAAUUUUAUGCAUUCAAUUAUUAUGGCAGUUAUAGAAUUUUCUCAUUUGCUCUUUCUGCCGCAAAACUGUAACACAUUUUCAGUGUUAGCCGAGGAGCAUAUAACGUUAGAUCUUCAUUAAAAUAUAAGCCAUUUUAACAAUUAAUAUUUUUAAAUUCCUUCCCAGACCGGUUCAAACUGGACAGAAGAUGAAUGUACAUCAUGCAGAUGUAAUACUGGUCAGGUCACCUGUCAUGUACGCAGCUGUUUGAGUGUUCAGUGUGCUAGAGAUGAAUCUUUGGUUACUGUUCCUGGACAGUGCUGUCCUGUGUGCAAGAAACGUGAGUGAUGCAUGAAUAGAAUUUCUCCAAUUUAAGCUUAUCAUCUGCUAAUAAAAAAAUAAACUAAAUUUCCAAAAGAAAGCAAUGAGUAAAAUUUGUGUUCUGUUAUUUUAUUCGUUUUCUAUAACUUCAGGUCCAGGCACUUGUAUAAUGUAUGGUAAUCUUCACUACAAAACAUUUGAUAACUCAAGUCUGCAUAUCCAGGGUACAUGUAGGAGCAUAAUGUCAUCUGAUUGCAAAAAUGAUCUUUUUAGGUUUGUUCUCAUUUAUUGUUCAUCUAUAGCAGCGGUUCUCAACCUGUGGUUCGCGACCCCUUUGGGGGUCACGGGACCCUUUUCCAGGGGUCGCCUAAGACCAUCUGAAAACAUAUAUCCUUACAGCUAUGAAGUAGCAACGAAAAUAAUUGUGUGGCUUGGGGGUCGCCACGACACGAGAAACAGUAUUAAGGGGUCACGGCACUAGAAAGGUUGAGAACCACUGAUCUAUAGCAUAUUUAUUACUGAACAUUGAGAAGGUCUUAUAAAUCUACUCCACAUGUAUUUUUAUUUGUCUCAACAGUGAAACAAUAACUAUAAAAUACAAUUUCAUGUUAAGGAAAUUUUAGAACCAAACUUUGGACUCUAAGUCUAAGAUCACUUAAUUAAAUGAGGGUUAUUUAAACUUUUCCUAGGUAUUUAAAAAAAAUAAAUAAAAGGAAAUAUAAAAAAAUAAAAUAUAAUAUAAAAUAUAAUAUAUAAUAUAAAAAUAAAAACUAAAUAUUUAAAACUCUAUAUUUAAAACUAUAUAAAAAAAACAAACACAUUAAACAAAUUUAUCUUGAUUGAUUUUUUUUCGAUUUCAAAAUACAGUCAAUAAAUAACUGUAGUUAAUUUUUUUUACCAUAAUGCAAAAGCCUGAUGUGGUUAAAAUGCAAACUUACGUACAUGAUUGAUAAACAUACAAGUAUAAAUUAUAUUCAUAAUGGCUAUUCCCAUUUAAACACAGGGUAGAAGUUCAUCAGGCCAGUCUUGGAGUUUCUCGAAGAACCUCCUCAGUUGAGAACAUCAAAGUGUACAUUGCAGGGUCUGUCAUUGAUCUUUUGCAAGGUAGAGAAGUCAAGGUCAGUCCUGCAUCUGCUCUUUUGAAAGCCAGUUUUAAAUAAGUCAAAGAUUAAAAUUGAUUUUGGAGUUGUUUUUUUUCUGUACAUUUACUUGGUAUAUAAUAUAAUCUAGCUUUCAGUAGGAUAGUGGAAGGAAGAACAAGGGUAUGUUUUUUUAAAAUUCUGCAAUAAUUUGUAGAGAUAUCCAAAAUUUACAUGGCUUUCAUUUUUGUGUAGGCCUACCAGUCGUGGAUUGUGCAGUUUUACAAUAAAAACUCCUUAUAUUUCCUUAGUGGUACAGGUCUGAAAUAAUUGUAGCGUAGGUUAGAUUAUAGAGGGUGGGUUCCAUGAGUAAAAAUGUCAGUUUUCUCUCUUCAAGAUGGUUGAUCUUUGUUUUUUUUAAAUGAAAUUUAUUAUUUCUCUUCUUGAAGUAGUUAAAAUUGACCUCCUUCCUUAGCCCACCUGUGAGUCUCCCUAUCUGCCAAUUUGAAUUAUAUUUUAUUGCUGUUUUAUUCCAGAUCAACAAUCGCAUUGAAAAGCUUCCAUUCUUGUAUGAGCCACACUUUUUGAUUGAAAAAUCCUCAGCUUUUGUUCUGCUUUCCACCGAGAUUGGUCUCAGAAUAUUAUGGGAUGGAAUUAACUAUGCAGAGUUGACAGCACCAGGUAGACUCUUGAUUGACUUUUAAAAAAUAAUUCUGUGCAUUUUCAAAACAGCAAAUGUUUAAAAUUAACUACAAAAAUAAUCAUAAGCCCAAUGUUCCUUUUACUUAAAGAUUUAAUUUGUUGAUUUUUUGCGUCAAGAAAUCUUUUUGCCAUUAGUAUUAGAGUUUCCUAGUCAUGUCUUAAAUAAUCUGUCUUAGAUCUCUAAGUAAAAUUUUUACAUUUUUAUUACCAGUGGUACCAGUAUACUGGUAAGUCACAAUGAUAUUUCUUUUUUUUAUUGAUCAGGCUCCUUUCAUGGAAACUUGUGUGGUCUUUGUGGAAAUUUUAAUGGAAUACCUAAAGAUGAUCUC